UGUCCGCCGUAAGCUGUCCAGAAAACAGGGCUGCGAUGUUCCGCUUUCGUUUCGUCUUCGCACUUCUCGUCGUUCUGGCAAUGACCUCUGCUAGUAAGUGAACGACUCUGAUAAAGAUGAGAGUUUAAGUCGACUCUCGAUCGACGUCUCGAUCAGCGAUGGGCUCGAGCGACGUCGAUAUCGUUGCGAGUGUUCUUCGUCAGCUCGGUCAGUGUGUCUCACCUUCAAUUUGUUUAAUCUGCUUCGAUGCUUAACAGAGCCGAGCUGCGGCCCGAACGCGUGGUUAAAUGUUUGCGAAACAGCUUGCGAACCCACUUGCAGUAAUCCCAAUCAGAAUAAUUGCACUUACACACAACAGUGUUCGGAGUAAGUGAGCAUCUUUCUCUCGGCACAGUGCAGUCGAUCAAUCCUGAUUUCUUCGAUUUCGGUCUAGUUCUGUAUACUCAGCUGCGAGUGCAAUGCGAAUUCCGCGAGGAACUCCAUUGGAGAUCGCGUCACCUUGCAAUUUAAUUUGUCGAUGAUCCGUCGAUCCAGAUUGAUCCUCCGAGAUCCUCUCUUUCCGACUGGACGCUCCUCCGAAAUGUAACGUCUCGACAUGCGAAUAAGUAAACGUUGUACUUCAAUGCAUUUCAAUAAUGCAUUUCUGUUAACACAAGUCAUUCCGAUUUCUAAUCGCGAAUGACUUGAAUUCUUUUUAAACGAUCGAGGGACUGGUCUACUAGAUCACGAGCAGUUUUGAAGAGGUUAUCGCGUUUCAAACUCGGACCAUUGUAUGCAGAUACGAAUGUGCAUAUUAUCACCGAUAAUAGAUUUACUGAACACAAAGGACAACGGAAACAACGAAUUCUGCUAUGCAAUUACGCUGUUCGAUGAUAAUAGUUAACGAAAAUGCUGAUGACCUCCUUGCGAUGCAUAUAACGUUAGACCGACGUAAUGGUGCUAUGUAAUAGUUAAACUGGUCUUCGUGAGCUUUAGUAUAGAACCAUAAGCUGUGCAGAAAACACCGCUAAAAUGCCCCGCUUUCACUUCGUCUUCAUACUUCUUGUCGUCGUUCUGACGAUCAACUCUGCUAUACUUCAAGUCUCGUCAGCUCCGAAAUGCGGCCCGAAUGAAUUCUACACUACCUGCGGACCAGCUUGCCCACCCUCUUGCAAUGAGCAUCGCCCUAUCUGCCUGGUGGAAUGCGUAGCCGGCUGCCAGUGUAAGCAAGGAUUCCUGAGGAAUUCCACUGGAGCUUGCGUCACCCCGCCGAAAUGUCAGCGUUCUUAGAAGCUGUCUGCUGAAUUUUUCGGUGACCUGUGCAUCCUAAUCGACCAUUGAAUCUAUCUUUCUAGUUCAAUACUCGAUCGAAACGCCACGUUUCGUAAUAAUAACGUGAAUUCGGUGGUCUGAUCGGUGGUGGUAGAUUCUGCGUUCAACUUCGUCUGAUUUCUAUUGCAACGUACGUCUGGAUAAAGUCCUUUGUCUAAGAAUUUCUAAUAGAAACGUUUGUACAAUAUUAAAAAUGGUAGAAGAAAAUCUCCGAGA